AUGAUGAGUCAGACCUUGCCAAUGGCUGCCAUGUUCAUGAGAAACAAAAUCAUGUCGUGGUCGUCGGUGUUCUUGGCUCUCCAGACUUACUUGUCUGAGCCUAUCAACAAGCCAGCUACCUCCAGCGACACCGCAUCCCAGCCUCCAUUGUUGAGAUUAGCAUUUGCCCUCAUCUCGUUGCUUACCUGCUACGUGGAGUUCUUCUUUCCUUCUACCAGUCCAACUUUGAAGAGAGCUGCUAUUCAGGCUGCUGAGUCUGUGACUUCUGCUGCUGCCGAGGCUGUCUCUACUGCUACCGAAGCUGCCAGCUCUUUGUAA